AUGUCAGCUUUAAAGAACUUUCAAUUUAAUGAAGAUGAAGAUGGCGAAUUGCCUACAUUAGUGACAGGCGAAGAACCUGAUUUAAAAAAUAUUUUAAACAAAUCGCAUAGUGAUGGUGGGAAUUUAGUGACUAUGGAAAAAGUGGAUCGAGUUAAUAGGCAAAAUGAAAUGGUAAAAAACAGUAUGAAAUAUGAUAAUUCUGUAUCAUCAUCAAUUAGUUCUCAUAAAAGGCGAAUCCCUGUGACCAUAAUUACUGGAUAUCUAGGGUCUGGGAAAUCAACUUUGUUAGAAAAGAUUGCCUUAAAAGGUAGUGAUAAGAAAAUAGCUAUUAUAAUGAAUGAAUUUGGUGAUUCAAGUGAGAUAGAAAAGGCAAUGACUAUACGAAACGGAGAAGCUUCUUAUCAAGAAUGGUUGGACCUUGGCAACGGUUGUCUAUGCUGUUCUUUAAAGAAUAUUGGUGUGAAGGCAAUCGAAGAUAUGGUAGAAAGGUCACCUGGGAUGAUUGAUUACAUAUUGUUGGAGACUUCAGGGAUAGCUGAUCCUGCACCAAUAGCUAGGAUGUUUUGGCAAGACGAAGGUUUGAAUAGUAGUGUCUAUAUUGAUGGUGUUAUCACUGUGUUGGACGCUGAACAUAUUUUGAAAUGCUUAGAUGAUGUGUCUCCAGAUGCACACUGGCAUGGUGAAAAAGUAUCUGUACCCUUGAAAAAGGAGGAGGAGGAGAAAGAGGAGAAACACAUUGAAGAUGGAAAUAAUUUAACUAUAGCCCAUUUCCAAAUUGCCAUGGCAGAUAGAAUAUUGUUAAACAAAGUAGAUAGACUGAGAGAGAAACCAGAUGAGAUAGAAAUAAUCAAAUCAAGAAUCCAGGAAAUAAAUUCUUUGGCACUUCUAUAUGAAACACAAUAUGGUGAAGUAUCUAUUGAGAACAUUUUAGAUUUACAUGCAUAUGAAUCAUUUAAUGCAAUGGAUAAAUACAUGACCAGUAAUGUUAAAACUUUACAUGAUCCAAGGAUGUCUACUAUAGUGUUAAACUUUAGAAAAUUAAAAUCAAAAGACGAAUUUGAUACUUUCAUCAAAGGAUUUUUGCAAGUUUUAUUAUGGAAGAAUUUUGGAGUUGAUGAUUAUAAAAUCCAAAAAUGGGAAAUUCAGAGGACAAAAGGGAUAAUAUCGUAUAUCGACAACAAUUGUAAGGGUCAAAUAAGAAGUAAAAUUAUUCAAGGCGUCAGAGACACAUAUGAUAUUUUUGAUAAUGAAAAGACUGGUACUAGUGAGGAAUGUAAAUUGGUGUUAAUUGGUAAAUAUUUGGAUGAAAAAUUAAUCAAAAAUUUGUUAAAUUCAAUAAUAUGUUAA